CGAUUGGGUUGGUUUAUGCCGGUGCGUUCCGAUCUGUGACAACGGAUUUUUAACUCAGCCAUUCAGCCAGUCCGCCGACACGCGUCGUGCGGAGAACGCGUUCACAAUCUUUAAAUUUCGAAUAACUCAAGCAAACGUCGCGACGCGAAAAACGCGCCAAUGUUUUGAAUGAGAAUAGACAUUUUUUUUAUUGCAUGAGUCUGCAUGACUAUAAAAAAGCGACAUCACAUAAUUUACACGGGUGAUUAAACGCGUACAGCGAUUUCUGUUUUUUACGCCCUGAAGAAAGUUUGGUGAACAAAUUAUGAUGCCUUUAAGAAAGUCGAAGAUGCUGGUCGUCCUUACGACACUAUACAUAUCAAUAACAAACGCUGUGGUGCCUCUCCGGGCGAGUGCCAACGAAAUCAAACCCUUAACCAAGAAAGCAAUAGAAAGCACAGGCGGUACAUUAUAUCCAAGGGCCACAGAAACCAGAGACCUCAGGACCCUUGAUGGAAUAUGGAACUUCAGAAUGUCACCACUGAACCCCGAAUAUGGCUACAGAAAUGGGUGGUACGAACAAGAUCUUGAAAAGAUGGGCCCGAUUAUUCCAAUGCCGGUGCCAGCGUCAUACAACGACAUAGGAGAAGACGCGACGCUGCGAGACCACGUGGGACUGGUGUGGUACGACAGGAGGUUCCACGUGCCGCCGUGGUGGGGCAGUGCCAACCAACGCGUCUGGUUGAGGUUCAGCAGCGUGCACUAUGCCGCUGAAGUGUGGAUAAACGGAAAAUCGGUGACGUACCACGAAAUCGGUCACCUGCCAUUCGAGGUGGACAUUACUGAGUAUGUGAGCUACAACACGAGUAACCUGCUGACAGUCGCCGUGGACAACACUCUGCUCGGAGACACCGUGCCUCAAGGCACUAUCAGAGACAUUGCUAUUGGAUACAACAAAGUUCGCCUCGAACAAAGCUACACAUUUGACUUCUUCAACUACGCUGGCAUACAUCGGACAGUGUUCCUGUAUUCGACGCCACAAACGUAUAUUGAUGACGUCAUCGUUAACACAGACAUACAAGGACUAACUGGUUUCGUAGUAUACAAUGUAACGUUCAAAGGUCCGGCAGAUACUCUUUGUUUGGUUCAAAUGUUUGACAAAUCGGAUGCGCAAGUCGCCGCGUCCAGCGACUGCGCAGGAUUGCUUGAAGUGGGAAAUGCGAAUUUCUGGUGGCCUUACCUCAUGCAUCCGAAUCCUGGAUAUCUGUACACCUUUAAAGCGACGCUGAUUGGUUCACUUGGAGAAAUAAUCGACACGUACAGCCAAAAAAUUGGUAUCAGAACCGUGACUUGGACCAACACAUCGGUUUACAUAAACGAGAAACCAAUGUACAUGAGAGGAUUCGGAAUGCACGAAGACUCUGAUUUGAGAGGUAAAGGUUGGGAUCCAGUAUUAUGGGUGAAGAACAUUAACUUAUUAAAAUGGACGGGCGCCAACGCGUUCCGAACCUCACACUACCCUUACGCGGAGGAAAUAUACCAACUAGCUGAUGAACAUGGAAUUAUGAUCAUCGACGAAUGUCCUAGCGUUGACACUGAUAUAUUCUCCGCGGCGCUCCUGGCGAAGCACAAGCAGUCUCUCACGGAGCUGAUCCGACGCGACAAGAACCACCCAAGCGUCGUGAUGUGGUCCAUCUCCAACGAGCCUAGGUCUGCCAACAAAUUGGCUGACGCUUACUUCGGCGAGGUGGUGAGGCAUGUCAAGUCGAUGGAUCUUUCUAGACCCGUCACUAUCGCAAUAUCGCAGCAUUACAAUACCGACCGAUCCGGCCAACAUUUGGACGUGAUCUGCUUCAACCGAUACAACGGUUGGUACCACAACACAGGCAACUUGCUAAACAUCGCCAACAACGUGGUGGAGGAAGCCACCGCCUUCCACCGCAAGCACAACAAGCCGGUCAUCAUGACGGAAUACGGAGCCGACACUGUAUCCGGCCUGCAUUUAUACCCUGAAUACGUUUGGUCUGAGGAGUACCAGGUGGCCCUUCUAUCUGAACAUUUCAAGGCGUUCGAUCGGUUGCGGCAAGCUGGCUUCUUCGUCGGAGAAUUUAUUUGGAACUUCGCCGAUUUCAAGACUGCACAAACAAUAACCCGCGUGGGCGGCAACAAGAAGGGCGUGUUCACGCGCGCGCGCCAGCCGAAGACCGCGGCGCACCACCUCCGCGCGCGCUACAGCGCGCUCGCCGCCGCCGACGCGGGCGCGCCGCCGCCGCCGCUCAUGUACUACGUCAGCGACAACAAGCCCGCGCACCACGACGAGCUCUAACCACCGCGCUACCAUUGUGAACCAUCCGACGCCUUGGACGGUAAACCGCCACUAACCGCCAUUUCCAAUAAACGAUCGCAAUCGCUUUUUUCGAACAAAAAUGGACCAAUCAGAACAAAGUAUUUUUGACAUACUUACAAAUGAGUUAUUUUGAUUGGUUAAUUUUCGGAAUCGGAUUGAAGAUUGAGAUUGGGAUCGUUUAUUGAAAACGACUGUCAAUAAGUCAUGCUGUACGAUGAACUAUCGACCAAUUAGAUUUUACAUCUGACGCCUUAAGGAUACAGUUAGCACGACUCCUCUGGCUCAUUAAUGUGAAAAAAUCUUUGAUAACAUAAGUGACGAGUGCAGUGAACUGCAUACAGUAACUUCGCAGUUCAAAUUUUAAAGUCUCGGGCAACACUAGUGUGUUCUCUUACCAACCAAGAAAUUCAUCAAUCUAUUCCUCAUUAUUGUAAUAGACUAGGGCGUUAAGUUGAGCGUAUGCUGCAAGCUGAACAUGACCUUCAUGUUAUCCAUAACAAGCAAAGCUAUAAGAACAUUAUGAGUGCAUUCUUUUAAAUAAACUUGCAAUGAACGCGUCACCCGACGCGCGAGUCAUGCGCCCUGAGUAUGCGCUUUGUCCUAAUUGACAAGUCGUUGGACAAGAUCGCCCGCUUUGCCAUGAACGAUCGCGAACUUAUGAGACGUCACACAACCGCAUUUGGUAUGAAUGCACUAUUCAAUGUGUAACAUCUUUAUAUAUUGUAUAAUCUAUCAGGCUUAUCUGAAAAAUCGAAAUUAGCAUCUUUUAAGAACGUUAAGUUGGAUUAAUUCUCGAAGACGUUAAGUAUCUACGUAUAAUGAGUUAGUGGCUCGUAUACCACAGAAAAAGUGUCCCAGAAUAGUAUUUUAACAACAAAUGGCAUUGCAGCCAACUUUGACGCUGCGUGAGUCGUGACGCUUCACGUGGUGGUCAGUCAAUAGCGUUCUUUACUCUGAUAAUUUGAUGACAGGACUUAGAACAAAUGCCAACAGCAGCCGGUGAAUAAGGUUAUCGUAGACUAACAGAAUCAUCCAACUAUUAUUUUAUAGUCUCCAUUGCAGAAGACGUAAUGGGAUUCUCUCUUGCGCAUACCUACUUGUAAAGCUGUUACAUAAUACAGAAAGCAAUCCAUUUAUAUUUGCGUCGUCAGUAGAAGCGUUGGCAUGCCCACUGCCUGUAUUUACCACCAAAUAAUAUCCCAUACACAUUUUAUUUGUAUAAUUAUUGCCUUUUAUACAUUAUUAAGUGAUACCUCGUUAAGACAAAUUAAAAUAUUGUUUAUGAUUUGUCUACUAUCGUACGUAUCUUAGUUGAUUUAAAAGGCACUCUAUUUAAACAUAUUACUUAAAGUUAAAAUAUGUACUGAUAUAUAAUAUUAUUAUAUAAAAUGUGUUGUUACUCCGUCUUAAUCUUUUUUUAUCACAAAAUUGCAUUAAUCAAUUGGUAUUUAUUAUAGGUAUUUUUCACAUCUUGCCUUUAUAUCGCAAAUGUAAAAUUCAAGGAAAUACUUUACAUUAGAUUAGAAGGAACUAAAUUAUGCCUAUACAAUGCAUAAUAUUAAUAUCAGAAUACCCACAAAGCUGCAACACCUGAACUCGUUUGAGCUCUAUGCGAAGUAAUGGCGUUACGUCAUAAUAUACAAAUGUACGUAAAUAUUUCAGUACAUAGGUAUGAUAAGUCGAAGUGGCCUCUUACAUUGCGUUUAUAUAAAUACUAAUCCAAAAACUAAUUUGCAGUUUUUCCAUAAAUUAUUUUUGGUACGUAUCGUGCCAUUAAAAUAAUAUAAUAUCGCUGCUUUUAAAAAUAGUGACACAAUAAAAAAUAUAAGUAUUUUAAAACAAAUGUUAUCUUUUUAAAUAUUGGAAAUGGGCUGAUAUUUGAAUCGCCAGACAUUUCUACAAUGAAUUUAUUUGUUACUUUGGAAUAUUUUUAAAAAGAAACUUCGAAAAUGACUUUUUACAGCCGUUUUCAAUAAACGAUCCCAAUCUCAAUCUUCAAUGCAUCUCCGAGAAUGAACCAAUCAAAACGAGUUAUUUAUAAGCAUGUCAAAAAAAACUUUGUUCUGAUUGGUCCAUAUUUGAGAUAGUUCGAAAAAAGCGACUGGGAUUAAUUAUAAUUAAAAAUAGCAGUUUUUCGGAUUUUAUCUCGGUUUUUAUAUUUUAUUUUUUCUCGACAUUUCGAAGACUGCAUCCUUGGUGGUCACAGAGGGAAAACCGCGAUAAAAUCCGAAAAAUAGUUUAAUUUUAACGUCUAACAUUCGCGUAAACAUUUGAAAACUUAUUCCAUUAUCAAAAUUAAAGUACUAUUUGCAUUGAGUCACUAUUCUUAUGCAGCUGUGAUAUUCGUGUACCUCAAAAUAACUUGCAAAGUGAAAACGCGUAUUAGUUUUUUAUAAAAUAAAGUAUUUUAUCAUACUAAGAUGUAGAUAUAUGAUUUUAACAAAUAGUGUUGAAUAACCACCCAAAAAUUUAAUUGUACUUUAAGCCUGUACAAGGAACUGUUGUAUUUUUAUAUAAAAAUAUAUGUAGUUUAAGAACAAAUACUAAGUUAUUUUAUCAUCACAAAGUAAUUAUUUUUAGGACAACGAUAUGUGAAGUAUGUACAUAUUUAUUCUAGUGUGAAUAAAGUACAAAAUUAUCAA